AUGAGGUGAGGGCGCAGUUUUUGUGCAUGCAUGAGCGAACCCACCGAAUGCCUGUUCACCUCGGGACGGUGAGGGAGGGGAGGAAACAAGUCCAUUGCAAUAAAGCAGGGUGUGACUGCAAAGUAUUUCAAACAAACCAGAGUGUUCCCGUGGGCUUCCAGCGCAGCCGUGCUGUCAUGUUACACACUUUCCGCGGCCUGAGAGAUUAGACACUUACAGGAAGCAGAGAUCGCCGUCAUGAUUGGGACGAUUAAUGCGUGGUUGUGGUGGGACCGGCUGUGGCUGCCGGGAAACCUCACGUGGGCAGAUCUCGAAGACGAGGAAGGGCUCGUCUACGCCAGAGCAUCCCACCUCUACGCCACUGUGCCAUAUGCUUUAGUCUUCCUUGUAGUCAGAUACCUGUUUGAAAGGUUGAUAGCGGCACCGCUUGCAGCUUCGAUUGGCAUUACAGAGAAUCCCAGAUGCAAAGUGGAGCACAAUGCUGUUCUUGACCAUUAUUUCAGUACAAAGUCAAAACACCCCAGACAGGCAGAUAUUGAUGGCCUGUGCAAAAAAUGCAGCUAUUCAAAUAGACAAGUGGAGCGCUGGUUCAGAAGGAGACGAAACCAGGACCGUCCUGGGGUUCUGAAAAAAUUCAGAGAGGCCAGUUGGCGAUUGGUGUUUUAUCUGGCGGCGUUCGUUGGUGGAAUCAUAGCCCUGUAUGAUAAACCCUGGUUUCAUAAUUUGCGGGAGAUGUGGAAUGGCUAUCCCAGACAGUCCAUGCUGGAGUCUCAGUACUGCUAUUAUAUUGUGGAGAUGAGCUUCUAUUUGUCACUAGUGCUCAGAAUAACCUUCGAUGUCAAACGAAAGGACUUUAAAGAGCAGAUCGUCCAUCACUGGGCCACACUGACGCUGUUGGCUUUCUCAUGGUGUGGGAACUACAUCCGGGUCGGGACCCUGGUCAUGCUCAUUCACGAUUCCUCUGAUAUUCUUUUGGAGUCUGCCAAGAUCUUGAACUACGCCAAAUGGAAAAGAACGUGCAACGGCAUCUUCGUGGUAUUUGCUGCUGUCUUCAUAGGCACGCGACUCAUAAUCUUUCCAUUUUGGAUCAUUCACUGCACGUGGGUUUAUCCACCAGACUAUUACCCACCAUUCUUUGGAUAUUACUUUUUUAACUUCAUGCUCGUCAUCCUGUUGAUGCUGCACAUAUUCUGGGCGUAUCUGAUUCUGCGUAUGGUGAAGAUGUUCGUUUUCGGAAGUGUAAGUUGUUCUAUAUUUAUAUUUGGGAAUGCGUUUAUUUUUCAAAAAUGGUCUUGUUUGUAUUGUCUCACAUUACAGUGGGUUAGCAAAUAAUUUGGGGUAGU